AUGUUGUCCAGUCUAUUCAGAGCCCAUGGACAAUUCUGUGCCACACAUCCAUGGGAAGUUAUAAUUGGAACAGUAACUAUUACCCUAUGCCUAAUGUCCAUGAGUUUAUUUACCAGUACAGAAAAAGUAUGUGGUUGGAAUUAUAUUUGUCCUCAAAAUGAUAUCCAUCCUGAUAUGAAAAGUUCGGAUUUGAUUAUUAUGACCAUAACAAGAUGUUUAGCUGUGAUUUAUAUUUAUCUACAAUUUAGAAAUCUUCGUAGAUUAGGUUCCAAAUAUUUAUUAGGUGUAUCAGGUGUUUUUACCAUCUUUUCUAGUUUUGUAUUCAGCAUGGCUGUUAUUCAUUUACUUGGUAAUGAUUUGACAGGCUUAGAUGAAGCUCUUCCAUUUUUCUUACUGUUAAUAGACCUAUCAAAAGCCAGUGCCUUGGCAAGAUUUGCUCUGAGUUCAGCCUCGCAUGCAGAAGUGAAGGAUAAUAUAGCUAAAGGAAUGGCUAUCAUUGGACCAUCUAUAACAUUAGAUGCUAUAGUAGAAACUUUAGUUAUUGGUGUGGGCACACUAUCAGGUCUUCGUCAGUUAGAAACUAUGUGUUGUUUUGGUUGUUUAUCUGUUAUAGCUAAUUAUUUAGCUUUUAUGACCUUUUAUCCUGCUUGUUUAGCCUUAGUUUUAGAGUUGUCAAGAGAAAGAAAUGGCCGCCCACUAUGGCAGUUACAACAGAUAUCUAAAAUAUUACAAGAAGAAGAAGAGGAAAAAAAACCAAAUCCUGUCACUCAAAGAGUUAAAAUUAUCAUGUCUGCUGGUCUAGUUUUGGUUCAUGCUCACAGUCGCUUAACAGCUGGUUUUACAUCACCCAAUACAUCAACAUCAAAAUUAGAUAUUAGUUUAACAUCAGCUGAACAGGCUUUAAUGGAUAAACGCAUCACUCCAGAUAUGCCGUUAUGGCAAUUUUAUCUCUAUAAAUUACUAACCUUCAAUACAGAUUACAGUAUAACAUUUGGUCUAGCUGCUAUAUUAGCUAUAAAAUAUGUAUUUUUUGAUGAGAGUUCUCCAGGAGAUAGCAUGUUAAAUGAAAUGUGUGACAUUCUAGGUCAUAUACCUGUAAUAGAAGAAGAAAAAGAUUAUAAAAAUGAUGCAUCAUUUAUAAUUGGUGAUUCUGAUAGUGAUGAUGAUGAUAGUUCUAAAGAAGAUAAAGAGACCCAAACUGAACUAGUAGAUGAUUUCACCCAAUUAGAAUUAUUACAGUCACCAGCUAAACCACGUUCUUUAGAACAUUGUAUUGCCACUUUAAAAUCUGAUAGUGGACCAAAUAGUUUAACAGAUGAAGAAAUAUUAAUGUUAGUUGGUAGUAAACAUAUUCCAGCUUAUAAAUUAGAAAAUAUGUUAGGUGAUCAUGUUAGAGGAGUUGGUAUCAGACGAAAAUUAAUAUCUAAAACAUUACCUGAUAUAGAGGCUUUACAGAAAUUACCUUUUAUGCAUUAUGAUUAUACUUAUGUUGAAGGAGCUUGUUGUGAGAAUGUAGUAGGUUAUAUGCCUGUACCAGUUGGUGUAGCUGGUCCUUUAUUACUCAAUGAUAAAAGAUAUCAUAUACCAAUGGCCACUACAGAAGGUUGUUUAAUAGCUAGUACUAAUAGAGGAUGUCGUGCAAUAGAGCAAAGUGGUGGAGCAUUAAGUACAGUUAUUGGUGAGGGAAUGACCAGAGGACCAGUAGUAAGAUUUGUAACAGCUAAAAAAGCUAGUGAAGUCAAACUGUGGUUAGAAAAAGAAGAAAAUUUCCAACAAGUGGAGGAAUGUUUCAAUAUGACCAGCAGAUUUGCAAGGUUACAAAAAUUACAUAUAGCUCAAGGUGGAAGAUGUUUAUAUAUAAGAUUUGUAGCGUCUACUGGAGAUGCUAUGGGAAUGAAUAUGUUAUCAAAGGGCACAGAAAGAGCAUUAAAUUUUAUUGUAGAACAGCAUCCUGAGAUGGAAAUUGUUAGUUUAAGUGGUAAUUAUUGUACAGAUAAGAAACCUGCUGCUAUUAAUUGGAUUGAAGGUCGUGGAAAAUCAGUAGUAACAGAAGCUAUUAUACCAGCUAAUAUAGUUAAAACAGUAUUAAAAACAACGGUACCAGCUCUUGUUGAAUUGAAUAUUAAUAAAAAUCUGGUAGGAUCAGCCAUGGCCGGCAGUAUUGGUGGUUUUAAUGCUCAUGCUGCUAAUAUAGUAACAGCUAUUUAUAUUGCUACUGGACAGGACCCAGCCCAGAAUAUUGCUAGUUCUAAUUGCAUAACAUUAAUGGAAGCUACAGGACCAACACAUGAGGAUUUACAUAUAACCUGUACAAUGCCAUCAAUAGAAUUAGGUACUGUAGGCGGUGGAACUGUCCUACCACCACAAGCUGCUUGCUUACAGAUGUUAGGUGUUAAAGGUGCUAGUCAAGAAUCACCUGGUGAUAAUGCUAGGUUAUUAGCUCAGAUCGUGUGUACUACUGUUUUGGCCGGUGAAUUAUCUUUAAUGUCAGCUCUAGCUGCUGGUCAUCUUGUAAAAAGUCAUCUGAAACAUAACAGGUUAGUGUCAACUAUCUUUUAUGAUAUUUAUAGGUUUGACACCAGCAGAUAA